GAAGUCACUCCGCGACGAGGCGUUCGAGUGCAACCGUUAUCUUUAGAGUUCGCUGGGUCUGGGUUAGCAAGUUUGUUGACGACUUUUAUCCGAUUUUACAGGCAGCGGGGUUUAGCACGGGAAAUAUAAAGAAUGGCUGCACCUCUGAAGAACUUUUUUGAAAACAAGCCGGUGGAAAAGGCGAAGAAAGAUCCGAAGCGGCUGUCGGUGGAGAGGAUCUAUCAAAAGAAGACGCAGUUAGAGCACAUUUUGCUCAGACCAGACUCCUACAUAGGCUCUGUAGAGCCUGUCACUCAACAAAUGUGGGUGUAUGAUGAGGAUGCUGGACUGAACAGCCGUGAGGUGACGUUUGUGCCUGGGCUUUACAAGAUUUUUGAUGAGAUUCUUGUAAAUGCAGCUGACAACAAACAGAGGGAUAAGAGCAUGUCCUGCAUCAAAGUCAACAUUGAUGUCGAAAACAACAUCAUCACUGUGUGGAAUAAUGGGAAGGGUAUUCCUGUGGUGGAGCACAAGGUGGAGAAGGUCUAUGUGCCGGCUCUCAUCUUUGGACAGCUCCUUACUUCCAGUAACUAUGAUGAUGAUGAGAAGAAAGUCACCGGUGGACGUAAUGGAUAUGGUGCUAAGCUUUGCAACAUCUUCAGUACAAAGUUUACUGUAGAGACCGCCUGUAAAGAGUCGAAACGGAUUUUCAAGCAGACUUGGUAUGAAAACAUGGGCAGAGCAGGGGAUGCUAGCAUCAAACCCUUUGAUGGAGAGGAAUACACUAGCAUCACCUUCAAGCCAGAUCUGCCCAAGUUUAAGAUGAGCGUUCUGGACAAGGACACAGUAGCUCUGAUGACCAGGAGGGCCUAUGACAUUGCUGGAUCCACUAAAGGUGUCCGGGUGUAUUUCAAUGGAAAGAAGUUGCCAGUUACAGGUUUCCGUAGCUAUGUGGACAUGUACGUAAAGGACAAGGUGGAUGAGCUGGGUGGUCCUAUCACUGUGAUCCAUGAGACUGUCAAUGAGCGCUGGGAGGUCUGUCUCACCAUGAGCGAGAAAGGCUUCCAGCAAGUCAGCUUUGUCAACAGUAUUGCCACCACCAAGGGAGGCAGGCACAUUGACUAUGUGACUGACCAAGUGGUUAGCAAGCUCAUUGAAGUGGUGAAGAAGAAGAACAAAGCUGGAGUGGCAGUCAAGCCUUUCCAGGUGAAAAACCACAUGUGGCUGUUUGUGAAUUGCCUGAUUGAGAACCCAACCUUUGACUCUCAGACCAAAGAGAACAUGACAAAGCAACAGAAGAGCUUUGGGUCCACUUGUCCCCUCAGUGACAAGUUCUUUAAACAGGCUACAUCCUGUGGGAUUGUGGAGAGCAUCAUGAAUUGGGUGAAAUUCAAGGCUCAGUCCCAGCUCAACAAGAAAUGCUCAGCUGUUAAACACACAAAAAUCAAAGGUGUGCCAAAACUGGAUGAUGCCAACGAUGCAGGUGGGAAGAACUCCAUCGGCUGCACACUGAUCCUUACUGAGGGAGACUCAGCCAAGACGCUCGCUGUGUCUGGGCUGGGAGUGGUCGGAAGAGACCGCUAUGGAGUCUUCCCCCUCAGAGGAAAAAUGCUCAACGUCCGGGAGGCCUCACACAAACAGAUUAUGGAAAAUGCUGAAAUCAACAACAUCAUCAAGAUCCUUGGUCUGCAGUACAAGAAGAACUACAGCGACCCAGAAUCCCUCAAGAGUCUGCGUUACGGAAAGAUCAUGAUCAUGACAGAUCAGGAUCAAGAUGGCUCCCAUAUUAAGGGCUUAUUGAUCAACUUCAUCCACCACAACUGGCCAUCGUUGCUGCGCCACAACUUCCUGGAAGAGUUCAUCACCCCCAUCAUCAAGGUAUCUUUCAAGAAAACUCAGCUGUCUUUCUACAGUAUCCCAGAAUUCAAUGCUUGGAAGGAGAGCCAGCCCAACCACAAAUCUUGGAAAAUCAAAUACUACAAAGGUUUGGGAACCAGCACAUCGCAGGAAGCCAAGGAGUACUUCUCUGAUAUGCAGAGACACCGUAUCCCCUUCAAGUACUCUGGACCUCAAGACGAUGAAGCUAUCACCCUUGCCUUUAGCAAGAAGAAAGUGGACGAGCGAAAAGAGUGGCUCACCAACUUCAUGAUGAACAGGCGCCAGCGCAGGGAGCACAACCUGCCUGAGGAGUACCUUUAUGGUCAGGCGACCAAGUCCCUCUCCUACAAUGACUUUGUCAACAAGGAGCUGGUACUUUUCUCCAAUUCCGACAAUGAGAGGUCCAUUCCCUGCCUGGUGGAUGGUCUGAAACCAGGCCAGCGGAAGGUGCUGUUCUGUUGCUUCAAGAGAAAUGAUAAGCGAGAGGUGAAGGUGGCCCAGUUGGCCGGUUCAGUGGCUGAGAUGUCUGCCUACCACCAUGGGGAGAGUUCUCUGAUGAUGACCAUUAUUGGAUUAGCUCAGAACUUUGUGGGAAGCAACAACUUGAACCUGUUGCAGCCUCUGGGACAGUUUGGAACCAGGUUACACGGCGGCAAAGACUCUGCCAGCCCUCGAUACAUCUUCACCAUGCUCAGCCCCCUGGCCCGCCUCGUUUUCCCAGCCGUUGAUGACAACCUGCUCAAGUACAACUUUGAUGACAACCAACGUGUAGAGCCAGAGUGGUACUUGCCCAUCAUCCCCACUGUGCUGGUGAACGGAAUAGAAGGUAUCGGCACAGGCUGGGCCAGCAAGAUUCCCAACUUCGACGUACGUGAGAUCAUCACUAACAUCCACCGUAUGCUGAACAACGAAGAACCUCUGCCCAUGCUUCCAAACUACAAAGGCUUCAGAGGCACAAUUGAGCAGGUGAUGGAAAAUCAGUACAUGAAUAGUGGAGAGGUUUCCAUCAUCGAUUCCACAACCAUUGAGAUCUCUGAAUUGCCGGUCAAGUCCUGGACACAAGUCUACAAGGAGAACGUGCUGGAGCCGAUGUUAAACGGCACAGAGAAGGUUCCUCCUCUCAUCACUGACUACAAGGAAUACCACACUGACACCACAGUGCGCUUUGUGGUCAAGAUGACUGCAGAGAAACUGAUAGAGGCAGAAGCUGCUGGCCUUCAUAAAGUCUUCAAACUGCAGAGCCCCCUCACCUGCAAUUCUAUGGUUCUGUUUGACCAUGUAGGCAGCCUGAAAAAGUACGAGUCUGUGCAGGAUAUUCUCAAGGAAUUCUUUCAGCUGAGGAUGAAGUACUAUGUGCUGAGAAAGGACUGGCUGGCAGGCAUGCUGGGGGCAGAGAGUGCAAAACUCACCAACCAGGCCCGCUUCAUCCUGGAGAAAAUUCAGGGCACCUUGGUCAUUGAGAACAAGCCCAAAAAGGAAUUGAUUCGCAUGCUGCAGCAGAUGGGCUAUGACUCGGACCCAGUCAAGGCUUGGAAACACGCUCAAGAGAAGAAUGACGAGGAGAUGGAAGAUGAAGAGGAGGAGGAAGAAAAGGAGAAAGAAGACGACAGUGGGCCCGACUACAACUACCUGCUGAGUAUGCCCAUGUGGUUCCUGACUAAAGAGAAGAAAGAGGAACUGUGCAAACAGAGGGAUGCUAAGUUGACAGAGUUGAACACGCUGAAGAAGAAGGCCCCAGCAGACCUGUGGAAAGAAGACCUUGCUGCUUUCUCAGAGGAACUGGAGCGCGUUGAAGCAAAAGAAAAGGAGAACGCCAAUAUGCCUGUAAAGGGGACUGGAAAAGGCAAAGCGGUGAAGGUGAAAGUGAAGCAGGAGACUUUUCCCACGCCACAAGGUCGCCGUGUUGUUCCACGUGUUACCAGCACAAUGAAAGCCGAGGCUAACAGGAAGGCCAAUCUGAAGAAAGGAGAGGGCAAAAGAGGCAGAAAUGUCAAGGGUGAAGAUUUAGUGAUGAAGAUGGAGUUUGGAGAAGAUGCAGAGAAUACAGAGCCAAUUGAAGAAACUGGCUUGGCUGCCCGACUGAGCAAGAAAACUAAAACCCAGUCCAAGGAGAAAGCAGUAUCGAAGACUGGCAAGCAGACAACUCUUCAGUUCAAGCCUGCUGUCCAGAAGCCAAAGAAGAAUCCGUGGUCAGAUGAUGAGUCUGAUGAUCUGUCCGACAGUGAAAUAGAGGUAGAGGAAGACGUCGGCCCCAGAGAGCGGACAGAACGCAAAACUAAAGCUACGGUGAAGUACAGCGUGUCUGACAGUGAAGAGGAAUUUGAUGACUGGGGGAAGAAGGAAGCUCCAAAACGGAAAGCUGUCAUCAGCGAUGACGAUACCAGUUUUGCCCCAGAGCCCAGCACUUUGUCCGAUAGUGAUGGAGACUCUCAAGCCCCACCACCUCCCAAAGCUAAGGAACCUGCGAAGAAAGUGGUAAAGAGCAAAACAACAGUUAAACAGGCAGACACCAAGUCAAGUUCUCAGUCAGAUGAUCCUGCACCCAAGGCCCCAGCUCAACGUAAAACCAAAGAGGCUGCACCCAAGAAAACUGCUGCAGCCAAGAAACCAGCUGCAUCCAAGAAGAAGAUUGCAGAUGUGAAGCAGCCAUCUAUCUUGGAAGCGCUCUCUAAGCCCAAACCCGCAACCAGUGCUGCUUCCAAGAAGGUGCCUUCGUUCGACUCCAGUGACUCAGAGAGUGAAGCGAAACCUGCGAUUAAAAAGGCAAAACCUGCUGUAAAACGAAAACAGGCCGUCAGUGACGACUCUGACAGCAGCUCAGGUGACCUCAUGUCACGUCUCAAAGCCAAAACAGCCGGCAGCAAGAAAACCAAGAGCUGGGAGGAGGACGACAGCUUCCAGCUUUCAGACCAAGAAGCAGCUCCGGUAGCCGUGGCUCAGCGGGACAAACCUUCACGUGCCCGGAAACCCAUCACUUACAUGAUGGACUCUGACUCGGAUGAAGAUUUUUAAAUCACAGAACAAGUCAGAUUCUUUAGUAAGUUAGGCACAUAGUGUUUGCCAUCAGUAUGCUUUUAUCAGCUGAAGCACAGCUGCAUCUACGUUCUGUGCAGUCUGUGUAACCUUUAAAAUGUUUCUUAACCUUUAAAAGAGCUGAAAAUGUGUUGGAUGCUGUUAUAUUCUUGUUUUAGUCUAACAAUGAAUUUUUUUGUAGGUUCUUUAAAUGUCUUUUGUAUUCCACUCAUGUGUUUUGUCUUGUCUUGUAAAUAUUUCAAUGGCUGUUCGAUUUUAGAAUUAUAAUAAUAAUAAAGUUAACUUGUUUGUGGUGA